CUGUCGUGGAGGCGGAGGGAGGAGAAAUGGGCGGGAGGCUUUGGGGAUAGCUAAAGACCCGGCGAAUACCAGGUUGUCAUGGAGUCGUGGGGCCCUGCUCGCGCAUGCGCCGGCUAACCUGCUGGGCUGGUCAUGGAGCGGCGACCCUGGCCCUAGCGUGAUCCAUAUGCAAAGAGUACCUGCAAUCCAGCUUCCAGCCCUCUUAGACAUGGAGAGGAAAAUCCCAUCCAGAGAGAGCCCCAGAAGACUCUCUGCCAAGCCAGGCAGAGGCACAGAGAUGAAAAAACUAGCCCGACCACUUGGCGUGGCAGCUGCUGACUCAGACAAGGACUCUGGUUUUUCAGAUGGGAGCUCAGAAUGUUUAAGCUCUGCAGAGCAGAUGGAGUCGGAGGACAUGCUGAGCGUGUUGGGCUGGAACAGAGAAGACAAGCUGAGGCAGACCUCCAAAGCUGCAAACAACGCCUUCCCUACACUGUCCCCUAUGGUCGUCAUGAAGAACGUGCUGGUCAAGCAGGGUAGCAGCUCGUCCCAGCUCCAGUCCUGGACUGUCCAGCCCUCUUUUGAAGUGAUCUCAGCUCAGCCGCAGCUCUUUGUCCUUCAUCCACCUGUGCCAUCUCCUGUCAGCCCAUGCCAGCCUGGUGAGAAAAAGUCAGAAUCCAGAAACUACUUGCCCAUUCUAAAUUCUUAUACCAAAAUAGCCCCCCACCCAGGCAAAAGGGUCCUCAACUCAGAAGACAGAGGAACAAGUGGGUUACCAAAGAAGAUCUGCACAGAGAGACUGGGGCUAAGCUUGUCUUCCAGUGAGCCAGCCAAGACUGGCCGUGUGCUAUCUAGUCCUUCCACUCCAGCCCCACCCAGCUCCAAACUCACCGAGGACUCAGCUCUGCAAGGAGUCCCCUCCCUUGGGGCUGGCGGAAGUCCACAGACUCUUCAGCCUGUGUCCAGCAGCCAUGUGGCUAAAGCUCCCAGUCUGACCUUUGCUUCACCAGCCAGUCCUGUGUGUGCAUCAGACAGCACUCUGCAUGGCUUAGAGAGCAGCUCCCCCCUCUCUCCACUGUCAGCCAGUUACAGUUCACCUCUGUGGGCUGCGGAGCACCUCUGUCGUAGCCCAGACAUCUUCUCCGAGCAGAGGCAGAACAAGCAUAGGCGCUUUCAGAAUACGUUAGUGGUCCUCCACAAGUCUGGUUUGCUGGAAAUCACUCUGAAAACCAAGGAGUUGAUUCGUCAGAACCAAGCAACUCAGGUGGAGCUGGACCAGCUGAAGGAGCAAACCCAGAUGCUUAUCGAGGCCACCAAGAGCAGGGCUCCUCAGGCAUGGGCCAAGCUGCAGGCAUCACUGACAUCUGGGUCCAGCCAUUCAGCCAGUGACCUAGACACAUUGUCUGAUCACCCAGACAUAUAGCACAGAAGCAUUUUCCAGUAAUUGGAGUUUAAGUCCUUUGCUACACUUGUUUUCCACAGCCUGUUUAAGAGCUUUUCUUUCUAAACUCACCCACAAAGCCACGAGCCCGUCCCUGACUGCUGUCUCAGUCUGUGGUCUAUGCACAAGUUAAAUGUGUUUAAGUUCCUCUGAGGACCUCCAGCUGAAGGUAUCUGUGAGCCCCUUUUCCUUAACCUGCAGGCACUUAGCUGGAUCAUGGGACAAAGGAGAGAUGGCUGUAUGUGUUUCUUCCAGCUGUUACCUCCCAUCUUCCUCCUCACUGUCCAGGAUCAGGGUACAGUGACAUGGAUGGGUGUACACAGUGACACUUAUCCAACCAAGGAGUAGGUGACCUAAGGAUCUCUUCACUGUCCUCCCUCAAGUAUGUUAGUCACGGAGAAAAAGAAGAGGAUCUGUUUUCAUUCUACCAGGUGGUGUGCCUGUUGAGUGAAACCUAAAAUGCUUUGGGCACAGGUGCCUGGGUGCAAGCCUUUACCACGUAAGGCUUUGUACACUCCAAAGUUAAAGGAGGAAGGGCAAAGCCGUCUGACUCACACUGAUCACACAGAUCUCACUUACACAAGUAGGCAAUACUUCAGAGUUUUAAAAUAUGGAAUGGAUUUAAAGCUGUCUGGAAUUGUGUUUGAUGAAUUGCUUUUUUGAUUAAGGGUCAAAGAAGCCAGCAUUUUUGGUCACUAGCUGGAAGGUUUUGUUAAUUUAUACUUGAAAUAGCACAACCUAUCUAAAAGGCUUGAGAUGGGGCUGCAGGAUGGCUCAGUGAGUAAAGGUGCUUGCUGCCAAUGCCUGAAUUUGAUCCCUCUGAACCCACAAGAUAGAAGGAGAGAACCCACUACUGCAAAUUGUCCAUUACAUGUGUGUGCACACGCACGCACACACAUGACAAAUAAAUGAAUAUAAAAUUAAAAAUACAAGCUAUCAUCAACAUCAAAACAGGUAAAGUAAUCAAAAGCUUGAGAUGGCUUCAGUGGCUCCUCAGGGUCUAGUGUAAGUCCACCCUCUGCUGUCUCUUGUCUGUACCUCACCCAGCUGUUUCCAUGAGAGAAAAAUGAUUGUGCUUAUAAAUGUAAGUUAAAUAAAGCCCCAAGGCCACAACAGUCAGAAAGGAUCAUCCCCUGUUUUCAUAUCUGGGUUCUCACGCAUGCCCUGUGAUGAUGGGGGCCACCGUGGAGCGAGCGGUCUCGCAUCUCAUGUUAGAUGUGGGCAGCAGAGAUGAAGUGUGAUGUCCUUCUCUAGGACUGGUCUUAGGAUGGAGAGCCUGAGGGGUUUCUGUGUCUUCAGCUUCCCUGUGCUGGUAACUAAGGGUCUAAGUGGUAAAGAUCCUCUCUUAAAAUUUUCUUCCUCCUGGAAAUCUUUGUUCUUUACAAAUUAACGUGGUUUUUAUGACCAGUGUCUUUUUCUGCAGAGAGGAUGCUCUUGGGGCUCGACUAGGUCCAGAGUUAAGGAUCAUAUUGAUUACAGAGUUGGUUGUAAUUCUAACAUAGUUUAAAAAGUGUAAGACUCAGGUUGGCUCUACUGUGCUCAUAAAGAUAUAUGAUUUAGAUAUGACUGGUUUAAAAAUAAUCAACUUGGUAAAAUCUCUAUUCUUUGGUCAACAUAGAAUUAUUACCUGCUGUUUGCUUUCUGAAAGUUUCCAAAAUCAGAGUCAGUUUUUCUGGGCAGACUCAGCUCCUCGUGAUGUACUUCCCCUAAAUCUGUAUGGUAUUGUAGCCAUGCUGCACUCCACUAGGAAGCAUCCUUUCUGGCAGAAUGUUUGGCAGGAAAGCUGUAGAGACAGGUGCAUUCAGAGCUGCCUGGGCACCGGCCGUGAGUCUUACUGUGUGUCAGAAGGCUGGAAGCACUUGCUGGGAGCCAAAUGUACUCUCCACUGAAAAAGCCCUCUGUGGUGCUGUAAGCCUCUUGGACUCUUCCUCCUAGAUUCAGGUUUUCAUUUCCCUUCCUGUCCCCAUAAAAGAUGUUGAAAGCCACCAUGGAUCCUCACUGCUGAGUGGUGGGAGGGUUAGCCCCCUCAAGUCACUGCUCCUCUGUGAUCUUAGAGGCACAGCUGCAAGUCUCUAGGCUAUGAGCAUAUCUCUGUUCCUGGUGCAGCUGGAAGCAGCUGGACCCCAGUAGAGAAGCUAGAUCUUAGAAGGAGCGCGCCUUUGAGGCCAGAGGCAAGACCGGCACUUGGAGGAAGUCCGGAUUGGAGGAAGAAUCUUCAUUGGUUACCCAAGGCUGUAAGUAGCAAUGGCCUUAGUGCAUGCUAUGAGCUCUUAUGAAGCAUUACGUAGGGCUGUUGUUUUCCCAAGGCGAGAAGUCAAUUUUAACUCGGAUCGACCCAUAGGAGACCCUUUGUCAGGUUGUAUUGGCAAUAUUGAAACACAUUUAGAAAGGUUCCUAACUAAAAUUGGUUAUAUAAUUUGCUGUUGUUUGUAAUUUACUCCACUGUUUUUAUUGAUUAUGGUAUCAUCUAACUUUUCUUCUCUAGUGUGAGUCCUUCAGCAGACAAAUUACUCUUGCACAUAUACUGAAGUGGUUUUUCGGCCACAUCCUCCUUAGGGUAGAGACUAUUUACCAAAUGUGAAUUCUUCUAAGAAAGUGUGAAGUUAUGUAGAAAUUGACUGUGAAAUGUCAAAGAAAAAAAAAAUAAAAGUCACUUACUUGAAAGCUA